CUACUAUAACUCCUUUCUCUAAUUGCAGUCAGGAUGCCGCCUUCUAACGGGCACCUGCUGCUCCCCAAGUUUUGGCGAGCAGCCAGGUCUGCCUACGAGAAGGCCUACAAGACUAUCAAGUCACGGUUCCCCGAGCAAUUCCAACAAAGCUCACUUCGUCUCCAACCCGAGUAUGUGCGUAUAGUCAACCGCCACCCUAUCAAUCGUGCCGCUGCUAUUCGCCAAGCUCGCAGUCGCCAGUACUCGACUCGUGCCGCAGGCUCCUUCGUCUCGUACCUUCGGAGCGGCCUCCAAGGCGAUCGUGCUGCCUACAAGACAUCUCGCAUUGCCGCUAACGUCAGUCGCUUGACGAGCCAUGCUCCGUUCGCCUCAACCCUUCGUCCGAAUUUGACCGGCGGCACCUUGGGCCGUACGGCGGGAGGCUAUGCCAUUGGUGCCGGCCGCAUCGGUGGGGCCCGAUACUUCUCCCAUGGCGCAGCUGCUCCAGCACAGGUCAUCAACAAUGUGUCUGUCGGCGUCCGCGCCUUUUUCCUGUCGGGACAGAAGGCCCGGUUCGAUGGAGUCGACCCGAUCACCGGCAACAAGCGAUUCAAGGCUGUGAGCAAGCUCCAAGAUGAGGCCGAGCGGAAGAUGGCAGCCAUCCCUCGCACGGCUCCCGGUUCCUUUGUCGAUUUCCAGAUCUCCCCGACCAUCACCGCUUUCGGCUUGCAGAAGAAUUUGGUCGCGACUGAGGCUGCUGGCGCCCAGACCGUCAACUCGGAGGGUCUCUUGGACUUUCUGUCUGCGGACUUUGCCCGUGCUCUCAAGGACCUUGCUGCUGUGCUGAAUGACCUGAAGCGACUGUCCACACUGGGUGACUUGCCUAUUGAGUUGCAUGAUAAAUCGACACUUCGGGUGCGGUUCCCUGGCUGCGAUGCUAACACGGUUGAACGUCUCUGUGAUGAGGCCGGGGUUCAGAGGGGAAAGAUCAUGCAGGAUGAGGAUUUCGACAUCCGUAUGGGUGCCGAUCUGGCUCUCCUGUUUCCUUUCGCCCCCAGUGUGCCGGCCUCUCCCGACAUGGACGACUACUUCUGUCGCCCUGGGUCCCUGAAGUCACAGGCCCCUGAGGAGGUUGACUGGCAUGCAAUGAUGUCGCCUGAUGCUACAGAAGCCUCUCCGGAAUACUACAAGCAGCCGUCUAAUCGACUCAGCUUUGAGGACGUGACGAUGUUUGCCGAGAACCCCUGGAGGUCUUCAUCCUCGGGAUACUCCAGCAUUAAUGUCAGCGAGCUCGGGGAUCGUGCCUUUUUCGCUGAGGUCACAAGCUUCGGUAUGCCCGAGAGUGCUUCCGAAUACGACGGAUCGGACGGAAUCCGCAAAUUCAUAGCAGAGUGUGAUGUUGCCAGGCGACAUUAUUGAACGGCUUUGCGUAUAUCACUUGAACAUACACGGACUUUGACAGUCGUUUCCUAUUGUUCCAUUUUAACUUGAAGCAUAUAAUCUGUGAUUUACACGCACAAACAAAUGAAUGCCAAAAACAUGGUUGAUCAGUUUACCUAGUAUCAAAUAAGACAAACAAUUUCAGCGAAUACGAGCCAGACCUGGUUAUCCCCCAGUUCCUAAUGGGAACUCGGCCC